UGCACACAAACACACACACACACACGCGCGAACAGAGUCAGGUAUCUCAUCGCUCUCCGCGUGCGCGCGUUUCUCUCCGUGAUGCUCUCGGGCGUCGGACACGCGGUGUUCGCGGCUGAUUCUCAGUUUGUGGAAUAAAAUCCCGUUGAUGUUCCUCAGCGCUGGAGUGACACAAAGACAUAAAACAUUCCUCUGGAUUCCCUUCAUCAUCCUCAUCAUCUCUUAAAAGCUUCUGGUUUGUGACACAAUCUUCAACACCUGGAAUGUGAUCGAGUGUUCACAGAGGAAGGGAAUAUUGGAGGAGUUUUAUGCUUUUGUUGCUCUGGCUGGAGGCAGAUGAGUGGCAACAGUGUCAUGAAAGGUCCGGUCCGACUCGGAGAGUGUUGUGUGGCUGUGCUUCAGGUUUCCAGAUGCAUUACCAGCUGGUGGCAACCGAGUGUCUCAGGAGGGGAAAUGUUUCACUAGAUUUCAUACCUGCAACCUCAAACUCAGAGUCCUCAGGAUCUUCAGCAGGACUUUCAGAGGUUGUGAGAGUGUUGCAGGAGCGUUGUGAGCUGGCACACUCAGUGGGCGAGUCGUAACAUCAUGCCGGUGCCAAAUGUUCGUGUAGCGUUACCCUCCAUCAGACACUCAGUUCUACUGCUCACCGCCACCAUACUGCUCAGCAACGCAGAGUCACCACCAAAGUUCUUACGAACACCCAACGAUCAAACGGGUGUUCAAGGUGGCGUUGCGUCCUUCAUAUGCCAAGCGACGGGCGACCCGCGGCCCAAGAUCGUGUGGAACAAGAAGGGGAAGAGAGUGAGCAACCAGCGCUUUGAGGUCAUAGAGUUUGAUGACGGCUCCGGCUCCGUGUUGAGAAUCCAGCCGCUGCGGACGCCGCGUGAUGAAGCCAUUUACGAGUGCGUCGCCUCCAACAGUGUUGGGGAGACGAGCGCCACCACACGACUCACUGUUUUACGUGAGGAUCAGCUGCCCGCAGGUUUUCCCACCAUAGACAUGGGCCCUCAGUUAAAGGUGGUGGAACGGACUCGGACCGCCACCAUGCUGUGCGCAGCCAGCGGUAAUCCCGAUCCUGACAUCUCCUGGUUCAAAGACUUCCUCCCCGUCAACACCAGUAACAACAACGGACGAAUCAAACAGCUGCGAUCAGAGUCCUUUGGUGGUACACCGAUCAGAGGAGCGCUGCAGAUCGAAUCCAGCGAGGAAUCGGAUCAAGGGAAGUACGAAUGUGUCGCGACCAACAACGACGGCACGCGUUACUCUGCACCCGCUAACCUGUAUGUCAGAGAGCUGCGAGAAGUGAGGCGGGUUCCGCCCCGAUUCUCCAUUCCCCCGACGGACAAUGAAAUCAUGCCUGGGGGAAGCGUAAACAUUACCUGUGUGGCCGUCGGGUCACCCAUGCCCUACGUCAAAUGGAUGCUGGGCUCAGAAGAUUUGACCCCGGAGGAUGACAUGCCCAUCGGGCGAAACGUUCUGGAACUCACCGACGUCCGACAGUCGGCCAACUACACGUGUGUCGCCAUGUCAACGCUGGGCGUUAUAGAGGCGGUCGCACAAAUCACAGUCAAAGCUUUACCGAAGCCACCAGGUGUUCCCCAGGUAACAGAGCGGACUGCGACGAGCAUCACGCUCACAUGGGAUUCCGGGAAUCCCGAACCCGUUUCCUAUUAUAUCAUCCAGCACAAGACCAAACACUCAGAGGACUCUUAUAAAGAAAUUGACGGUGUCGCUACCACACGAUACAGCGUCGGGGGGCUGAGCCCUUACUCCGACUACGAAUUCAGAGUGGUCGCCGUAAACAACAUCGGACGCGGACCUCCGAGCGAAGCCAUCGAGGCCAAAACGGCGGAGCAGGCGCCGAGCACGGCCCCGCGGCAAGUCCGAGGACGAAUGUUGAGCGCUACCACGGCCAUCAUCCACUGGGAUGAACCCGAGGAGGCCAAUGGACAGAUCACAGGCUACAGGGUUUACUUCACCACCGAUCCCAGCCAACACGUCAACCAAUGGGAGAAACAGAUCGUUAGGACUUCCAACUUCCUCACCAUUCCAGGCCUAACGCCCAAUAAGACUUACUACAUCAAAGUCCUGGCCUUUACCUCUGUAGGAGACGGACCUCUCUCAUCUGAUUUACAGAUCAUAGCCAAAACUGGAGUGCCCUCUCAGCCGACGGACUUUAAAGGUGAAGCCAAAUCGGAGACGAGCAUCCUUUUAUCGUGGAAUCCCCCAACCCAGAGCGGUCAGGACAAUCAGAUCAUCGGAUACGAGCUGCUCUAUAAGACCGGAGAUGACAAAGAAGAGAAGCGCGUCAGCUUUGAACCCACCACCACAUACUUACUGAAGGAUCUCAGGCCGUUCACAACCUACAGCUUUCAGCUGGCCGCUCGCAGCAAACACGGCGUCGGCGCGUACACCAACGAGAUCUCGGCUGAAACCCCUCAGACACAGCCCUCAGCUCCGCCUCAGGAAGUCAAGUGUUUUAGUCCCAGCUCCACCAGUAUCCUGGUAAGUUGGAAGCCGCCUCCAGUGGAGCUCCAGAACGGACUUAUUGUCAGAUACACCGUCCAGUACUCGGCCACCGAAGGAGACGAUACCGCCUUACGUCAAAUCGCAGAUAUACCGCCGGAAACCUUCCAGUAUCUGUUGGAAAACUUGGAGAAAUGGGCGGAAUAUCGCGUGACCGUGAGCGCCCACACCGAAGCGGGGGAAAGCCCUGAGAGUUUACCGCAACUAAUCCGUACAGAGGAGGACGUGCCCAGCGGCCCUCCUCGUAAAGUCGAGGUGGAGGCUGUCAACUCUUCGUCUGUUAAAGUGUUGUGGCGUUCGCCGGUGCCCAGCAGACAGCACGGACAGAUUCGUGGAUAUCAGGUGCACUACGUCAGGAUGGUUAACGGUGAACCCGUCGGACACCCGGCCAUCAAAGACAUCCUGAUAGAAGACGCUCAGUGGGAAUAUGAUGAUUCUGCUGAACACGAAUUGCUUCUUAGUGACCUUCAUGCCGAGAGCACGUAUUCAGUGACCGUCGCCGCUUUUACGACCAAAGGCGACGGAGCGCGCAGCAAACCCAAGCUGGUCACCACCACCGGAGCCGUUCCAGAAAAGCCUCGUCUCAUGGUCAGUCCGACAAACAUGGGCACCGCUCUGUUGCAAUGGCAAUCUCCUCCCAACACGUACGGCCCUCUGCAGGGCUACCGGCUCAGAUUCGGCCGCAAAGACGUGGAACCCCUGACCGUGAUCGAGUUCUCCGAGCGCGAUAACCACUACACCACCAAAGAGAUCCACAAGGGUGCGACCUACACGUUUCGCCUCUCGGCCCGCAACAAGGUGGGAUUCGGAGAGGAAACGGUCAAAGAGAUCUCCACGCACGAGGACACGCCUUCUGGCUACCCGCAAGGCAUUCUUGCUGAAAGUAGCACGACAACUACCAUUCAGGUCAGCUGGCAGCCCGUGGCGUUAGCGGAGCGUAACGGAGCCGUUAUCAAAUACGCCCUUCAGUACAAAGACAUCAACAGUCCUCGCAGUCCUUCCGAACUGUUUAUCACCGCCCCCGAGUCCGCCGUCGUCCUGGACGGCCUUAAAGCGGACACGACGUACGAUAUUAAAAUGUGUGCCUUCACCAGUAAGGGCCCCGGUCCUUACAGUCCUAGCGUCCAGUUCAGAACACAACCUGUCAACCAAGCAGUGUUUGCAAAAAAUUUUCACGUGAAAGCUGCCAUGAAGACUUCAGUGCUGCUUACGUGGGAGAUUCCUGAGAACUACAAUCCCGCGCAACCGUUUACAAUCUUGUAUGAUAAUGGCCAAAGUGUGGAAGUGGAUGGGAAGCUAACGCAGAAGCUCAUCACCAACUUACAACCAGAAACUCAAUACUCCUUUUUGCUGACCAACCGCGGUAACAGCGCUGGAGGUCUACAGCACCGCGUCUCCACCAUGACGGCGCCCGACGUACUUCGCACCAAACCGUACCUCAUUGGCAAGACCGGCUCUGACGGCACGGUCACGGUGGAGUUACCCGCUGUACAGACUACAGAGAAAGUCAAGGGAUAUUACAUUGUGGUGGUUCCUUUGAAGAAACAGCGGCCUGGAAAGUUUAUCAAACUCUGGGACAAUCCGGAUGAGAUGAAUCUGGAAGAGUUAUUGAGAGAAAUCAACCGAACGAGUGGCGCUCUUCGAUUCCGCAGGCAGCUGGAACUGAAGCCGUACAUCGCUGCAUAUUUCCAUGAACUUCCCACUGAGUUUACGCUCGGAGACUCCAAGAUCUACGGUGACUUUGAGAACAAGCAGCUGUUAAAUGGGCAGGAGUACAUCUUCUUUGUGCUGGCUGUGUUAGAGAUAUCUGAUCAUACGUUGUACGCGGCGAGUCCGUAUUCUGAUCCUGUGGUGUUUGCCGACAUCGAUCCACAGCCCAUAAUAGAUGAAGAAGAAGGCUUGAUCUGGAUCGUGGGUCCUGUGCUCGCUGUAAUCUUCAUCAUUUGCAUCGUCAUUGCCAUCCUGCUGUACAAAAGCAGUCAACCAGACAGGAAAAGGGCGGAGUCAGAAGCGAGGAAAGGUAGUUUGCCCAGCGGUAAAGAAAUGCCUUGCCAUCACCCCACCGACCCUGUGGAGUUACGCCGACUAAACUUCCAGACUCCUGGUUCAGCCGCUUCGGUUUACCCCAGUAACCUUCAUUUGUCAAGGAUGGCCAGUCACCCUCCCAUUCCGGUCAUGGAGUUAGCCGAUCAUAUCGAGCGCCUGAAGGCAAACGACAACUUGAAGUUUUCACAGGAAUAUGAGUCCAUUGAUCCCGGUCAACAGUUCACAUGGGAGCAUUCAAAUCUGGAGGUGAACAAACCUAAGAACAGAUACGCCAACGUCAUCGCUUACGAUCACUCCAGAGUUCUGCUGUCUGCUAUUGAUGGUAUUCCUGGUAGUGAUUACAUCAACUCCAACUACAUUGAUGGCUAUCGGAAACAAAACGCUUAUAUCGCAACACAAGGUGCGCUGCCGGAGACUUUCGGUGAUUUUUGGCGGAUGAUCUGGGAGCAACGGAGUGCAAAUAUCGUCAUGAUGACCAAACUGGAAGAAAGAUCCAGGGUGAAGUGUGACCUUUACUGGCCCAACAGAGGAACAGAAACAUACGGACUCAUUCAGGUCACACUGCUGGAUACGGUGGAGUUGGCCACGUACUGCGUCAGAACGUUUGCGCUUUACAAGAACGGCUCCAGCGAGAAGAGAGAGGUCCGGCAGUUUCAGUUCACCGCGUGGCCGGAUCACGGCGUUCCGGAACAUCCCACGCCGUUUCUGGCCUUCCUGCGCAGGGUGAAAUCCUGUAACCCUCCGGAUGCGGGACCUAUGGUGGUGCAUUGCAGUGCCGGCGUCGGACGGACCGGCUGUUUCAUCGUGAUCGAUGCCAUGUUGGAGCGCAUUAAACACGAGAAAACGGUGGACAUCUACGGUCAUGUGACGCUGAUGCGCGCGCAGAGAAACUACAUGGUACAGACAGAGGAUCAGUACGUUUUUAUUCACGACGCCCUUCAGGAGGCCGUGACCUGCGGCACCACAGAGGUUCCUGCCCGGAAUCUAUACGCCUACAUCCAGAAACUCACACAGAUCGAGUCCGGAGAGAACGUAACCGGGAUGGAGCUGGAGUUUAAGCGGUUAGCUAACACGAAAGCCCACACCUCACGCUUCAUCAGUGCCAACCUGCCCUGCAACAAAUUCAAAAACCGACUAGUUAACAUCAUGCCCUACGAGUCCACGCGAGUCUGUCUGCAGCCAAUCAGAGGAGUGGAGGGCUCGGACUACAUCAACGCCAGUUUUAUCGAUGGAUACAGGCAACAGAAGGCUUACAUCGCCACACAGGGUCCUUUAGCUGAAACCACUGAAGACUUUUGGCGGAUGUUAUGGGAACAUAACUCGACCAUAGUGGUGAUGCUGACCAAACUCAGAGAGAUGGGCAGAGAGAAAUGUCAUCAGUAUUGGCCAGCAGAGCGUUCAGCCAGGUAUCAGUACUUUGUGGUGGAUCCUAUGGCUGAAUAUAACAUGCCUCAGUAUAUCCUCAGAGAGUUUAAAGUGACGGAUGCUCGGGACGGCCAAUCGCGAACCGUCAGACAGUUUCAGUUCACCGAUUGGCCGGAACAGGGUGUGCCAAAAUCAGGCGAAGGUUUUAUCGACUUCAUCGGCCAAGUACAUAAAACAAAAGAGCAGUUUGGUCAAGAUGGACCCAUUUCUGUCCACUGCAGCGCUGGUGUGGGCAGAACCGGAGUCUUCAUCACGCUCAGUAUCGUUCUGGAGAGGAUGAGGUAUGAAGGUGUGGUGGACAUCUUCCAGACGGUCAAGAUGUUACGGACACAACGGCCAGCCAUGGUCCAAACUGAAGACCAGUACCAGUUUUGCUACAGAGCCGGGUUGGAGUACCUCGGGAGCUUCGACCACUAUGCAACGUAAGACCCUCGGCGUGCCGUCAGGGGGACGCGAACGGCCAUCGGACAUCCAGAGGUCAUUCGAUUCUGAGCCAUAAAUACCUGCUUGUGAAAAGAACUGUUCGUCCACGACUCGAUUACGUGUUGGAUGUGCAACCUAGAAAUACUUAAAUAACAGACAAAUAUCCAGGUGGACCAAGAAAAAUCAUCCGAUCUAAAGAAACACAAUAAAAGAAAUAAAUGAAUAAAUAAUAGUAAUAAUAAUGAAUUUCAGACAGGUGAAUCUGAACUGCUGAAGCAUCGUGUGGAUUAAUCGUCUCUUCCUUUGCUUGGAGGAUUCAUGAAUACAAAAGCUAAAUAACAAACAAACGUUCUGGAGUUACACAGACGCUGAGAGACGGGGAGCUCGAUGUAAAGAGAUUUACUUUCAGUCAGCACAAGGAGCUUUUUCACUGAGAGGAAAGAGAGGAAACUUCAUCAUCAUCGUCAUCAUCAGUGAAGAAACUAAACCAUCGGAUGCGGCUAACAGUAAUAAUUCCCCACCCGCCCAUCAUUAGACAGGACAAAAAACAACACACAUCUGUUUUUUGUUGACCCAUGUCUCAUAUUUUACUUUUUUCAUUUUCAAAAGACUGUGCUUUGUUUAAACUCAUGUGUUUGUUUUUUUAAACUAGAGAUGUCCUGACAUCCACCUGACUCACUUUCUUUGGCCGAUAGUUUGUGGCGAACACACAAUAUACACACACACACACACACACACACACGUGCUGAAUUAUGAGGGGCAGAGUAUAAAGGUUAUCAGAUAUCUCAGUUCUUCCAUGAGCAGAGAGAGAAAUGAUGAAAAUAAAUGAUGUCUUUAUUUAUAUAUAAGAAUGAAAUGUAUAUUCACACUACAUGAUGAUUAUGUGAAGAAGUAUAUAAAUGUAAAUCUAUAAUAUAUGGAAUGAUGGAUAUAUGUGUAGACGUAAGAGGGAAUAGAUGAGGUUCUCCGCUGGAAUGCACAUCAGCAGGACAAACAGACGCAGAUUCACGUGUAAAUGCAUCUUUUCUUGUGCAAUAAAUGGAUGUUUCACAGACCGACGGGUUUCGUUCUCGUGUGUGGCCGAUGACGGCUCGAGAGGUCAAAGGUUAUCCGUCCGUUAGACCACGCGUACGGAGACGAUCCCACGUUUUCAUUUGUUUGCAUUUAGAGUGCCUUAUAUUUAUGCCUCUUGUUUUUUUACGAUAUUCAUUUAACACGUGUAUACUUUAACUAGUCCAUAUACGAGCAUUUAGCCGUUGAUUUCCCACGUGUACCGGUUUAUAUUAUAUGAAAUUAUAUAUGCAAAUACGUAAUUCCAUUGUUCCUCUGUUUUAUUUUCUGUGGCCUUAAUCUGGCUCAGAGAAAAUGGAUUGAAAGAAACGAAAGCUGUUCGGCCUGAAACUGUUAUUAGAAAUUCAUAACUUUGGAUUUAUAAAAUCGCACGAGUACAGCGCUAGUUUUUGGAGAAAUAAUGACUUUGGGUCUUAGAUUACGAUGCAGUAAAUGCAUUUAAAACCCGACUCGAUCCUGAUCGUCCUGUGGAGGUCAACAUGUUGGCAAAUAUUUGUAUUAUUUUGACACUUUUAAGUUUCACUGGUUUUGUGGAUGUGCAUUCCAGACAUUUUCCCCUUUUCAUUUCAGUUUGUUUUAUUGUUUUAUUUUGUUUGAAUUGUUUUGAUUCGCUCACAGGCGUCGAGCGACUAAACUGUGUGGUUGUUAUGUAGCUCAUAUACAGUAGGUAUCAGCGCCACCUGGAGGUCACUUCUGCUCCUCACCGGUUUCUUUGCUCUUCUGCUGGAUCUUAUUUGAAUAUGCAUGAGUUCAGCUGCAGUGGGGGCGAGUAGGACGAAUUGCACUUUUUUAUCUCUGUAUCUCUAUGCACUGCCCUACUGAUUUCACACCCCAUCACAGAUUUUACUUGAACCCCACCGUACGAAUCUUCUUCAAACUUCAAAUUGCGUGUAUGUAAAUAACACCGAAAAGAGAUGAUGAAGAGAAAAGAAAUAAUCGCCAACGCAAAACUUCUUUGCUCCCUGUUAAUCUCACCAUCUGGAUGCAUAGACUGAAAUAAUCCAUUCAAUUCAAUUCAAUUCAAUUGUAAAGAAAAAAUGGCUUGUUGAAAAAAAUCAUAAAAUUACCUCUGAUUAGUUGUAAAUGUAAACUGUUCUUUGAUUUGAUUUUGUUUUCUCUGAAUGAAUGAAGUGCUUUUUAUUUUCCUACUUAGAUUCCAGUGGUGAAAAGAUUGGUCUGUACGAGAAGCGUCCUUCUGUACUUUACUGACACUGAAGUUACAUUUGUUAUAAAUGAAUUCUAUUAAAAAAUGUAAGUGUUAUGCA